AUGAUCACGAUGAAGAACGUACGUGUCAUUGCUUUUGCCGCUCUGGAUACUCCAGAAUUCCCGAAGGAUCAAGUCGAACAAUGUCUGCUUGACUCACGUACUUCGGAUAUUGUACCGAUUAUUGUUGGUGCAUGCCUAGCCGGACUUGUUGUCAUCGUUCUUGUCGCUUACCUCAUCGGAAGAGCUCGAGCUAAACGUCAAGGUUACGCUAGCGUCUAG